GGCUUGCGCCAUUUUGCCGUCCUGGAAUAAUUCCAGGGACGACAUGACCUCUACAACCUCUUACAUCACGCUGUUUUAUUUUGAAAGUCUCGGAGGGAAGCGCGUGCUGAUGGCCACUGUAACUUGAUCCCAGUAUCUGUCAGUCUUCGCUGAAAUGCCGGCUGCAGUCAUCCUCACGGGGCUCUGCGCUGGAGUCAGCGCUUCAGCCGCCGGCAGGGAUUCAGCCACCGUGUUGGUGCGUGUAAACGGCGCUUCCAGGAGUAUCCCUGCGGCAUAGAGGACUGCACAGCACGCUCUUCUCCCACAGCCAUGCGCUUACUCCUCGCUGCAGACUUGGUGCUGCAAUGACAAGCGGGCUGACUGACAUAAAAAGUCGGAUGUGGACACCGGCCCAAGGACCAAGAUUGAUCUGAGGAAUAGAAGCCAGAGGAAGCCAGAGGAAACCGUUUCCAACGCUAAUGGCCAGUUUGCCCUACAUCCUGCAGAGAUCAACGGACGCAUCUUCUGGGACGUUCCUGCUGAGUGGAUCCAUCAGACCGCUGCUGAUGGGCUGUUCAACUUUGUAGGACAGUCCUGCAAUAAGAAACCUUCGUCUUUAUCUGCUGCUGCUGAAACUAUGCAUUACAAGACACAUGAAUGUGCGCCUGAUAAGACUCACCAGUAGAAGCCCUAUGCAACAGAACAGGAGGCACGAGCAGAUAAGCUUUACGUAAACUGGAACUUUUGCUGACCUUUGAUAAUAUUCUGAAGGAGACCAAUGAGGGGGCGGAAAUGAAGCAACCUAUAGGGCUGUGUGUGGGGGGCAUUGCACCUGCCCUGGCCAUUCUGUCUCUGGAUUAAUUCUCGCUCUGCUGUUUGAAUUAGCCGUGAACUCAUGUGGCCUGCACUAGAUGCUGGAGUCAGUGAUCCUGAAGGAGCUGGACUGAGCUGUCUUUAGAACCUCGGCAGGCUGCGGAUGCCUUACCAGCUUAUAACCAAUUAAUCGUAUCACCUAAAAUGCUGUGACCGGCAGAACCAGGAGCGACCGAGUGUUUUUCGACUGUUAUUAUUCGAGGGUGCAAAUACUCUUACCUCAUCAUGCUUCUGAACUGUGGUCGGCCGUUGCCUCUGCUGAGUCACACAGAUGUACCCCCUCGUGUGACGGAGAACUUCAUCCUGACAGGCUACCGCUUCCCAAACUACAGCCUGAGGGACUGCUUGCUGUCGGCAUUCAGGCCCACCAAUGAAACGGGCAACUUCUGGACACACUUCCUGCCCAUUUUCGUUUUUGCCUACUACUUUGUGGAGAUGUUUGGUUGGGAUGGUGCGCCUGAUGCCAACGCCCCGUUCUUUUACCCGAUGUGGAACUACUUUAUUGGGGUGUUUUGUCUGCUCAUGGCCAGCAGCAUGGCCCACCUGCUGAAUUCGAUGUCUCUGGUUGUGAGGGAGGUUUGCUUCUUUGUGGAUUAUGGCACAAUUAGUGCCUACACCGUUGGCUCAUCGCUGGCAUACUACUAUUACAUCCAUCCUCGGGCAGGGAUAGUGGAGAAAGGAGACCGGAACGGUUCUCAUUUAGACCUAAACCAUGAGCAUACAGGGGCUCUUUCCUAUUCCACCGUGCCAGAAUUCGACCUGUUCUUUGAGACCUACUACAUGCCGUGUGCAUGUGUUAUAGCCAUCAUAUGCGUCCUAUCCUGCUGCAACACGCGCCAGAGGUGGCGGGAGCAUCGAUACAUCAUACGGACCCUGGUUUUCCUCCUGCCAUUCCUCAUCUCUUCCACGCCCGUCUUCUACCGUGUCCUCACCAGAUCGCCUUACUCCACCACCUCGUCUUCGUUCGCCGCCUCCACCACCAUGCCCGGCUUCUUUUAUCGCCACUCGCUCUGGCUGCUGGCGUCGGCCCUGUUUAACAUCAGCAAGAUCCCCGAGAGGCUGGCCCCCGGCCGCUUCGACAUCUGGGGCCACAGCCACCAGUGGUUCCACUGCUGCACAUUUUUGUCCAUCCUCGACGAGCUUCACAUGAUCCAGGCUGAGGUGAGGGCCAUCCUGCUCAACCCUGAUUUCCUCUUGCCCCCCACCACGCUCUCCCGCCUGCCCGGACCUACCGUCGCCUCCACCUACGGAGUCAUGUUCCUCCUCCAGACCACCAUUGUCUCGAUCAUUGUGUGUUUCUCUUGGCGAGCCAGCCGUAUCUACGGCCCCCAGAGAGACCAGCUGAAGGACAAGCGCUCAGUGGAACACAUGAAAGUCAGCUAAGCCAAGGGAAGUCUUUCUCCAUUACUGUGAAAGAUGAUUUGCACAUGAGUUACAAAGCCAUGCCAUGAUAAAAACUGCACAAGAAAACAAUAUUGCCCAUUUGAAUUCCACGUCUCUCCUAACUUCUGAGCCCAUCCGGGGCUGACAUGAAGCUUCCACAAGGAGAACUAGGGGACAGGAGGAGGUGAGAGGAUUAUUUCUGGGCUCACCGCGGGGAAGCUGUCUUGUUGAGCGGAUAUUGAAAGGCCCUGCCAGUGUUUUUUCCCUAGAGGAGCUCCAGCAUGUUCCAACAGGAUGUCUAACUAGUGAGGACAAUAACUACCUCUGCGGUCUGGACACUUGAGGAUAAAGGUUGGGAUUUAUUACCUGCAGGACCUUUACUUAGAGCUUAUGGAAACAUUUUGCGCUGUUUCUGAGGUUUCCCCCUAAGGUUUCUAUUCAGGUCCACUCUUUUGUUGCACUUUCCUGUCCUCUCACGCUAUUCUAUCUUUUUGAUUAUCCUUGGCUUUGAAUUUAACGGAACCUAUUUCGUCUUGCUUAGUCAUUUAUUAUUACCUCGGCAGGCUACUCUUUCUGUGGUUUCAGGAAGUCUUAGCCUGUCUCAUUUCCUCUUUCUUGCGCCCUGCAGCAGGAAGUUGCACGGCCUUGGGGACCGUAACACAAACAGCUGAGACCUCGUAUAAGUCUUACGACGAAGCACUUUCAGAGGGCCAGUCAAACUAGCCCUGUCUUUAAAAAGCCAUGCUCCGGUUCAAAUCUAAAAGGAUCAGUUGAAUUUGACGAGCGAAUGAUGUCCUGCUGAUAAGUCAUUGGCUUAUUUAAACGUGAAACCUGUUGGUGGUGCAUUGAAUGCAUUUGCUGCUCGUGUGAUGUCCCAUUACCCACCAGCUGUCAAUCACAUUUAGAGUCUACUCUGUGUCUUUAUGUAGAUGUCUUUUUCUAGUUUACUUAUCAACCAGUAUUACAUGUUGUUUAGAAUGAAUUUAAGGUUAUCAUUUCCUUGUCUAUUGAACAUUCACUGAGCCUUUUCUUGCCAUGCGAUGCACAGCAAUCUCAAAUUAAGAAUAGGUUGUUUGGAGACGUUGUCGUUGGAGGAGGUUGUUUUCGUUGUCCUUCAUGAACAGAAACCUAAAGGGAUAGAUUUUUCUUUUUCAAAAGUGGAGUUCUCUGGAGAGGUUAACAGGGAUUAGUAUCUUACCUGCAGAAGAUGUUUCCUUUAUUGACCUCAGCUUUCAAAAAAAACGAAAUACUUUUUGGUUCAAAACGGAUUUCUUCCCAUCACACGCAGUGUUAUUAAGCUCCUGUUUUUCAGUCAUAUAUGUAUUAGGCAGUUACUUACAUAGAAAUCUAUAGCUAUUAACCACAAAGACUGGAACGCCCUGUCUUUAGCUACGACCUUCCCAUGUAAAACAGAAUGUGAGGAGUAUCUGGCUAGACAAAUAGUUAUGUGGGGUGAAACUACAGCUAUUUAAAUAUUAUGGCCAUUUAUGGUCAAAUGUUCAUACAUUUUCUCAGUUGUUUUCUCGUCACGCUGGUCAUUCAAAGCACUUUACACUAGUCCCAUUUACCCGAACACACUGCCAUAAAUAUACACAUAACUUGGUAGAUAACUUGGGUUUGAGUGCCUUGCCCAGGGGCACAUUGACGUGUGCCUUCAGGCAGCUGGAAUCAAGCCCACAACAUUCGGACUGCAAGACAACAACUGUAUGCAGUGAUCCACAAAUGAACGUUACAGUAGCCUGUACAUCGCCUCUACCUUACAUUCCAUUUGGUAAAACAGGUUUCUCAAGUUUCUAUUAUGGACCAUAUAUUAUUAUGGUGUAUAUUGUAGGUAAUUCUACAUUUGAACAUAAAUUAAACUUGAUGGCAACAGCAGCAUUGGCAUAAACCACUAUGAAUUUUUCUGGAGUUGUUUUAAAAUGGUAGAACUCCAGUCUAGUGUGGUUAAGCCAUUAUUCUGUUGGGACAGUCCGAACUUUGUUUAUUUUUUUCAAUGCAAUAUAAAGUAAAACUCCUUUUAAGGAGUUGUCUACUGCAGGUAAGACAGUAAUUAGCUAUAACCCCUCCUACGUCAAAGAUCCAACCACGUCUUCAUGUCAUUUAGCUGUAGACCAGACCAAAUAAGUGAAAAGCGGCCUGUGUAUGUUUGCUCCAGAUGUGAUCAGAGAUUAUCGGGCAGCAGAUCUGGUGUGAUCUGAAAUGCUAACCUCACUUUAGCAGAGACUGAAGGCACCUCUUUGUAGCUGCUGUGAAACAGGCCAAGGCCUCGUUGCUGCCAAUGUUUCUCUGCUACAAGAUCAUGUUCUGUCUGACUUAGGCAUGUAUUUCAACAUUUUGAGUUUUAGUUUGCUUUAAAUGUGCUUAAUCUGGAUUAGUUGUUUUAAAUUGCUUCAACUUAUGUUGAUGAUGACACUGGAAAGAGAGCAAAUGCGUAGUUAGCUCUGUCAGCUAACAGCUGGCAUGCUUAUGAAUAAAUCAUAGCCUGAGAUUCCCGUUUAAAAAACGACUUUUUAAAUGCCCUAAGAGGAACUAAAAGGAUUUUACUUUUAUGGUUUUACGUAAUGUCUCUUCAUCAAUCUCUUUCCUGCACUUUUUAGAUGUGGCGCAUGAUGUGAUUCACAUCUAACAGAUGUGCAGCCAUUCUCUGAGUGCAUGUCUGGUUCUGCUCAGUAAAUCCUACAUGUUCUACCUUUUGAAGAAAAAAAAUCGGAAAAUCUUGGAAUAUUCCGUCUGGAGAUGUUCUCCUGCUGAAGAAUCCACGAAGACUCAGUAACACUGGAACACUGCAAGUGAAAACUGGAUCUAUUCAUUCCCUCCCAAAUCACAAGAAAAGACUGUCUGCGUGGUUAAAGAUUUUCUGUCAUAUCUUUGCAGAUGCAGAUCCAUUAUAGCUAAUUAUUACUUCUAGAUCAUAAUAAUGUUUUCUUGGAACAUAAGUGUAGGGUUGAUAUUGGAUGAUGUUUGUUUAAAUGUAGAAAUCUUGUCUGGAACUCUGUACAUUUACUUGCAAUCACUUGCACAUGAGAAGAAAUCAAGAGAUGUGUUAUAGUGCACUUUAAACCUUUUGCAAGGCUCAGAGUUUUUUUUUUAUGCCUCGGUUUCGCACCGGUUUUUGUUUGUGAAUGGGGCAGUUGAGACAUUUUAAAUAUCUGAACAGUCAACAAGGGGCAGAAAUCCAAUAAGUUUAUAAAGUGGCCUAUUUUCCACCGGCACCUGGUUCUAACACUGCUUGAAAAACACAAGGUGGCUUUAAUGGCCCAAGGUGUUAGGCCACCAUCAUAGUGUGCUUCAAGGCAGCGUUGCUAAGUUCACAAAUGGCUAAAGCCACAUACCUUCCAUAGCUCUGCUAAUGUUUCAAGUCAUUCAGGAAGAAGUAUAAUAUCUGGAUUUAUUGCACUUGGAAAGGAGGUGUUAGAAAACAACCCAGCCGUACUGUAUCAUGUCAGGUUAACUAGUACUUUCUAACGGGUAGGCGGAGGGAUUCAUCAGAUACGCAGCUGAUGUCGAAGUGAUGUUUCUACCUCAAGACAACAUCUGUGUCAAUCAUUCUGUGACUGAGUGUAAGCAUCGUUAAACCAGACUUUGAUCCCUCCUCUCUACUAAAUCCAUUAAUGUUUAAGCAGUAUGUGAAUGUUAAUGUCAGACUACUUUAUCUUAGCGAUGUACUCAGGGGUGACUCGAGAGACUAAUGCAUUAUUUAGACAUGCAUUUCAUUAGGAAUUACUAGAGAAGGAGGGCACAGUGCACACUGUUUGUUAAAAAUCAUGAUAACUGAUCUAUUUAAUAGCACUAUUACUUAUUUAAGUUGUUUUGAAUAAAUUACAAGGAUCACA